AAGGGAAGAAAAAGAAAAGAAGAUUAUCAUGAUAAAAAAAAAUGGUGUAGAGUCGCUUUAGAUUCGGACAAAAUAAUUAAUUGGCAAAUAGUCAUAACAAUUUACUUUAUUUACAAAUUAUCUAUUAUUGUCGUUGGAAAGACAGUGCAACCCGCAUAUUUCUGUGUCAGAUAUUUUUUAAUCUUAACCUUUUUGGUGUUUUUUAUUUUUUUACUUUCUCACAAAUAAAAAGGGCAAAAGAGAGAGAUGGGAGAAGAUCAGUGGGAUAUAAUAAGGUGUGUGUUGGUUGUGGUUGGGGUUGGGAUUGGAUAGGAAGCAAUAUAUAAUAAAUGGCCACAUUAUUUGCAGGAACAACCCAGAAAUGUACUGCUUGUAACAAGACUGUGUACCUGGUUGAUAAGUUAACAGCUGAUACCAGGAUUUACCACAAGGCUUGCUUCCGAUGUCAUCACUGCAGGAACACCCUUAAGCUUAGCAACUAUUGUUCGUUUGAAGGGGUCCUCUACUGCAGGCCUCACUAUGAUCAACUCUUCAAGAGAACUGGCAGCCUAGACAAGAGUUUUGAAGGGACUCCUAAGAUCUUGAAACCAGAAAGACCAACUAGUGAGAAUGCAAAGACAGUCUCGAAUAUGUUUGGGGGCACCAAAGAUAAGUGUGUGGGAUGUAACAAGACUGCUUAUCCGAUUGAGAAGGUGACGGUUAAUGGAACUCCUUACCACAAGAGUUGUUUCAAAUGCACUCAUGGAGGUUGCACCAUAAGCCCAUCUAACUAUAUUGCACAUGAGGGAAAGCUCUACUGCAAGCAUCACCACAUUCAACUCUUCAAGGAGAAAGGAAAUUACAGCCAGCUCGAGGGCGAUAAUGAAGACAAUUCCUUGAAUGAGAAAGUCGCCGCUGUUGAAAUUGCUGCUGAAUUGUAGUACUACAUUUACAAAUCAGAUUCUUGCUCAUUGUGUAAUCUACAUCUCCUUAUAUAUUUGGGUUUUGUUUGAUUUUCCAUCGUUCAAAUGUUUUAGAGUGGUACUCUGUUGUUGAGGUUUCAAGUGAGUUCAUAUGCAUCCAUUGUUGAUUUGUGUCAGCAUCUGUUUACAAGUCGAAAGGUUUUUCUAUCGUCAUGAGACCAUGUUUUUGUACCAAUUUCAUAUUUCCACUGGUUUUCAUUUGCUUUUAA